UUUAUGUUCUCAACGUUCCAUCACCAACCACAGCGUCUUCAUCUCCCAACGGAACCUUCUAAAAUGCCUCUUUCAUCUCUCUGCAGCAGGUUAUCGUUCUUGUCCAUCUCCCUUUUCUUGUCUCUAACACCCACACUCCAAAUCCCCUUGGUUGCCCCAAUCACAAAAGACCCUUCCACCCAACUCUACACACUCUCCCUCUUCCUCAAAACCCCACUCCAGCACACCACACUCCACCUCGACCUCGGUUCCUCCCUUACCUGGCUCCUCUGCGACUCCACCUAUACCUCCUCCUCCUCCCACCACAUCCCCUGCAACACCUCCCUAUGCGACUCCUUCCCCUCUAACGCCUGCUCCAACGACACAUGCGCCCUCUUCCCUGAAAACCCUCUCACAAGAACCACCCUUCUCGACACCGCCCUCAUCGAUUCUCUCGCCCUUCCAACCUACGACACCUCCUCUCGGAGCACACUCGUUCUCAUUUCCGAUUUCAUCUUCUCCUGCGCCGUCGCCCAUUUGCUCCAAGGCCUCGCUACCAAUGUGACCGGACUAGCCGCUUUGGGCCGGUCCAAUAACUCCCUCCCGGCCCAAAUAAGCAUUGCAUUGAGUUCCCCUCAUUCUUUCUCUCUCUGCUUGCCUGCUUCAUCCAACACAGGCGCAGCUAUCUUCGCCUCCACCUCCAUCUCUUACUUUUUCUCUUCCAAAAUUGACCUCACUUACACCCCACUCAUUCUUAACCCCGUCGCCGAAACUGUCGUCACCCACAACUCACAACCCUCUGAUGAGUAUUUCAUAAACGUCACCUCCAUCAAGAUCAACGGCAAGGCUCUUCCCAUCGACGCCUCCAUCUUAACCGUUGAUCAAACCGGCUUCGGUGGGACCAAGAUCAGCACUGCGGAGCCCUACACCGUUUUGGAAAGUUCCAUUUACAAACUCUUCGUCCAGUUUUUCGUCAACGAAGCCUCAGCUUUUAACUUAACGGUGACGGAGGCCGUUGAGCCCUUUGGCGUGUGCUACUCGGCGGGAGACCUCACGGAAACAAGAGUGGGACCCGCUGUUCCGACCGUUGAUCUGGUGAUGCACAGCGAGGAAGUGUUUUGGAGAAUCUUUGGGGGGAAUUCGAUGGUGAGGAUUGAAAAGGGAGGAGUGGAUGUGUGGUGUUUGGGUUUCGUGGAUGGUGGGAUUCGUAGGAGGACGGCGGUUGUGAUUGGAGGGCAUCAAAUGGAGGAUAAUGUAGUGCAGUUUGAUCUUGACUCAAAUAGAUUUGGUUUCACCUCAUCUCUGUUGCUCCAGGGUGCUAAGUGUGCUAAUCUCAAUUUCAAUAAUCUUACCAAUCCCAUUAAUUAGUUCUUUUUCAAAAAAUGUACAUAAUAACGUCUUCAUUAGAUGUUGUACUGCAAUGUUCCAAGCAUUGCUUAUUGGUUCUGAAAAUGGAACUCUGCUCUUUAUCAUGCUUGCAA